AUGACGAUGCUACCUCUGCAUGAAGAUAGUUCAACUAUCAGAAAAAAAUAUAAAAAGAAUAAUAAAUUUUUCGGAGGUGAAACAUCUGUAAAGAAUUUUUUGGAAAGAUAUUCUUUUACAAAUAAAAAAGACAAGAAAAAAAAUGAGAAAGGAACCAAAUUAAAUAUUCUAAAAUAUAUGAAAUUAUAUAUGAAUAAACCUGUAAAACAUCGUAUAACAUUUAAUGUAAUUGUAUUCAUCUUGUUUUUAGUUAUAAUAUAUAUUUUUUAUCACAAAAUUGAAAAUGUUAAAACAGUAUGCUUAAUAAGUUUAACAUUAUACAGUCUGUAUUUCUUAUUAUUUUCUCUGUAUAUGUUAAGUACUAUAUUAAAUGAUGAAUAUGGAGAAUAUAGUACAUUGAAAAAAUAUGAUAUGAAUAACAAUAUAUACAUUAAUGACAACGAAUUAAAUUUAAUAAAUAAUAAAAAUGAUGUUCAACAAAUAAAUAAUUCACAAAAUAAUAAUGUUAAUUAUGUACAUCAAAUGACUAAUGAUCAUAAUUUUCAAAAAAAAGAAAUAAAGAAAGAAAAUGAAAAAUUAAAAUAUGAUAAUCAAAAUAUUUCUAAUGAAUAUGAAAAAAAUUAUAUAAAUCUAAUGGACACUAAAAAUACAAACAAUGAUAAUAAAGGAGAUAUGAAAAAUGAAAUUUCAACAAAUGAAGAUUAUGAAACCUUUUCUUUUGAUAGUAUAGGAAUACCAAUAAAAGAAGGAUCUGAAGGAUUUUUUACAGUUCAAUAUAAUUCCAUAUUCAAAAUAUCCUUAGUAUUUACUUUAUUAAUUUUAUUCUUAUAUAUUAUAAGAGGUGAAGAUACCAAAUUACCCCAAGGAGACAAUCAAACAGCUGAUAUGAUGAACAAUAAUAAUAGUAAUAAUAAUGGUACUAUUAUUAUUUCGUCAUAUGCUUAUGGUAUUAUAACUGCUUUAUCUUUUUUAUUAGGUGCACUAUGUAGUUCCAUUGCAGGAUAUAAUGGUAUAUAUGUUGCUGUACGUGCUAAUGUAAAAGUUGCAAAAGCAGCCACCUAUUCAUAUAACAAAGCUUUAAUAACAUGCUUUAGAAGCGGUGCUGUUAGUGCUAUUGUUAAUGUUGCACUUGCCAUUUUUGGUAUAUGCUCACUCUUAUUAUUAGUUAAUAUCCUAUAUCCAACAUUAGCCUUUUCUAAAUAUCCUCUAUUAAUUGUAGGAUAUGGAUUCGGAGCUUCCCUAGUUGCUAUGCUCUAUCAACUAGCUGGUGGUAUCUAUACCAAAGCUGCUGAUAUUGGAGCUGAUCUAGUUGGAAAAGUUGAAAAACAUAUACCUGAAGAUGAUCCUAGAAAUCCAGCUGUCAUAGCUGACCUAGUAGGUGAUAAUGUUGGAGAUUGUGCAGGACAAUGUGCUGAUUUAUUCGAAUCAAUAUGUGCUGAAAUUAUUGCGUCUAUGAUACUAGGUGGAAAUUUAUCAGAAAAUGGAAUCAUUUCUGAACAGACAGCUAGCUAUUUUGUUCUAUUCCCUUUAUUUGUACAUUCUAUGGAUUUGCUUAUAUCUACAAUUGGUGUCUAUUUAGUAUCUGUUAAAAAUAACAAUGAACCCUUUUCUACAUUAAAUUUGGAAUCUAACACGAAAAUUGUAGAUAAAAAGGACAAAAGCUAUUUUAAUAAUAUAAAUUCAAGUAUGCAUGUAGAAGAAUCAGCAAUGCGACCACUUAAUAAUAAUAAAGAAGAAUCUGAUUUGUUAUAUGCAAAUUAUGAUUAUGAUGUUACACCUGAACAAUUAGAAAAUCCUUUGAAAGCAAUGUUGAAAGCAUAUUUUUUUACGUGCUCACUUGGAGUUGUAGGAUUUUCAUUUUUAUGUAAACUUCUUUUUUCAUUAGAUAAUGCAAAACAUGCAUGGAUAUAUUUUUCUUUUUGUGGAUUUAUUGGUAUGGCAUGUUCUUAUUUAUUUGUCAUUUUGACAAGAUACUAUACAGAUUAUUCAUACCCAAAAGUUAAAAAAAUAGCUCAUGCUUCUUUAAGUGGACCUGCAACUAAUAUAAUAGCAGGUUUAUAUGUAGGGUUAGAAUCUACUUUUUUCCCAGUCAUUGUGAUAUCUAUAUCAUUAUUGUUAUCUUAUUAUUUAGGAUUAAAAAGUAAUAUAACAGGAGAUCACAAUAUUAUAAAUGGUCUAUAUGGUACAUCUGUUGCAACAAUGGGUAUGCUUUCAACAGCUGUUUUCAUUUUGAGUAUGUCCAAUUUUGGUCCAAUAGCUGACAAUGCAGGAGGUAUAGUAGAAAUGUGUAAACAACCGAAAUAUGUACGUGCUAUAACAGAUAAGCUAGAUGCCGUUGGUAAUGUAACAAAAGCUAACACAAAAGGAUUUAGCGUAGGUUCUGCUGCACUUGCAUGUUUUCUCCUUUUCUCAGCUUUUCUAAGUGAAGUAUCAGUACAUUCAAAGAUGCCAUUUUCAACAGUUGAUAUUGCUAUCCCAGAAGUUUUUAUAGGAGGUAUGUUAGGAUCAGUAGUUGUUUUUCUUUUUGCAGGAUGGUCCUUGGAUGCAGUAGGAAAAACAGCUGAAGAAGUUUUGAAAGAAGUUAGGAGGCAAUUUAAUGAACAUCCAGGAAUUUUAACAUAUAAAGAAAAACCAGAUUAUCAUACAUGUGUUGCAAUUAUUAGUAAAAGAGCAUUAAUCGAAACAAUAAAACCUGGACUUUUAGGUGUGUUUUCUCCAAUCAUUGUUGGUUUAAUAUUCAAACAAUUAGGAAUAUUACAAAAUAAUCAACUCUUAGGAGCACAAGCAAUGGCUUCCUUUAUUAUGUUCUCUACUUCUACUGGUAUACUUAUGGCACUAUUUCUAAAUAAUGCAGGAGGAGCAUGGGAUAAUGCUAAAAAAUACAUUGAAUCGGGUUAUUAUGGAGGAAAAAAUAGUCAAGCACAUGUAUCUAGUGUCAUUGGAGAUACUGUUGGAGAUCCAUGUAAAGAUACUGCUGGACCAUCUAUACAUGUUCUCAUAAAACUUAUAUCUACUAUAACAAUGGUGAUAACCCCAUUAAUUGCAUCAACAACAAUAAAGAGUGUCUAUUCAUGA